GACAAAAAUGGAACCGGAAGAGUUCCAAUCCGUCCCGGACAUACAGCUGUCUGCGCUGGUAUCAGUAGGAGCAUGUUUUGCCAUUUCUGUCAUCUACGUGGCUAGCUUGUACGUGUGGAAGUCUCGGCAUGAUCGAGAUCAUCCUUCUACCAUCAAACGACGAUUCUUCAGCGUAUUUGUGGUCAUGUUGAUAGCCCCACUUUUCGUAUAUUUUCUGACAUGUGAGGGUGUAUUCCGAAAGUACACCAUGUGGGAGAUAAUGGGAUUUCGACUUGAAGGACUGCUAACGGCCAUAUGUUUACCUCUGCUACUGACAUCGGUGCUGUUUCUAGGACCAUUGAGCGUCACGCUUACCAAUGGUGUCUGGCGUAUAUACUCGGAGCCAAUGUACUGGAUGAAUGCGGUGCAGAAUCUGAUGUGGCUACGGAAUCAUCUGAUCGCUCCACUCUCAGAGGAAUUCACUUUCCGUGCAUGUAUGCUGCCGUUACUAUUGCAAACAUUUCAACCAAAAGUUGCCAUACUGAUCACACCCCUGCUGUUUGGAUUAGCUCAUCUUCAUCAUAUAAAUGAAAGGCUGCGAGACGGCACUCCAAUGAAAAUAGUCCUCACCGUCUCUUUGUUCCAGUUUUUCUAUACCACCAUUUUUGGUAUCUAUUCGGCUUACUUGUUCGUUCGUUCCGGCCACUUCUUAGCACCAUUUGUAGCACACGCUUUCUGCAAUCACAUGGGGUUUCCAGAUAUUCAGGAAGUAUUGGGCCAAACAUACCGCCGGAAGGCUAUUUUCAUUGGAUUGUAUUUGCUCGGAAUGAUCGGAUGGAUUUUGCUACUGCCAACGCUAACCACACCAAGCUGGUAUGCUAAUAAUCUAUUCUGGGUUGGUGCUGUAGUAUAG